AUGGAGGAUUUAAAAUUUCUUUAUGAUCGAGAUGAUUUUAAACAGGUAUGGUUAGAAAUAGCAGCUGAAAUUAAAAUACGAACAUAUGACAAAUUACAUGAUGUUUAUGAACUUAAGGCUUUACCAAAUCGUGUUCAAAACGAAAUUAUAGGUUUUGCUCGAGGUGUCAAGUUUAAUUAUGAAACAUUUUAUGAUACAGGAAAUGUUUAUAGUACUGCUCAUGUUGUAUUAAUUAUUCAAGAAAAUGGGAAUUGGUUAGGAAUGUUUCCAUAUCAUUAUACUACAACAUUAACAAAAGCAAUUGUAACAGCACUUGGUUGUGGUGUUUUAGUUGGUGGAAUUUAUUAUUUUUGUUCAGCAUCCCCACAGUAUCUUCAAUCUUUAAUUAAAUUCAUAUUAGAAAAUUCGAAAGAAGUAAUGAACGGAUUAGCUGGUUUAGCUAAACAAUUAUUUACAAAAGAAGCAUUUAAUACAUUUGUGAAGUGGUUAACAAAUGAUAAUUCAGCAUGGCAUCUAUUGAUUGCAGUUUGUAUUCUUCGAAAAUUACAAGGUAUUCGUACUUCUUAA